AUGAUGGGGUCCAAAGCUCUCAGUUUGGCGCUGUUUUGUGUUCUCUUUGCUUCUUAUAUUUAUAAACCCAUACCAGGCAACAUUGAAGAACGCUGGAAAGUAAUGUCCUUGGAUGCAAUUUUUAAAACUUGUACAUUUAUGGGUAUGUGCUUUGAAAAUAUAGGUAUUAUGACAUAUGAAGACUUUAUUUCCAUGAUAUUCAAGCUGGAUUAUACUCAACCACUUUCAGAUGAAAACGUCACAGUGACUGAUACAGCGUUUACUGACAUUCCAGUACGUGUGUACUUGCCAAAGAGAAAGUCAGAAACCCCAAGACGAGCUGUAAUCUAUAUUCAUGGUGGAGCUUAUUGUUUCGGAAGUUUCAAGCAGACGGCUUUUGACUUCCUCAACAGAUGGACUGCAAACAAACUUGAUGCUGUUGUUGUAGGAGUGGACUAUAGACUAGCUCCCCAACACCGCUUUCCUGCUCAAUUUGAAGACAGCAUCGCUGCAGUCAAGUUUUUUCUUCAGGAUAAAAUUCUUACAAAAUAUGGAGUGGAUCCCACCCGAAUCUGUAUUUCAGGAGACAGUUCUGGGGGCCGGUUAGCAGCAGCAGUGACUCAAAAGGUGCAGAAUGAUCUUGAAAUAAAACAUAAAAUCAAGGUACAAGCUCUACUUUACCCUCACUUACAGGUAAUUGAUUCGUAUUUGCCAUCUCACAGAGAAAAUGAGAAUGGUGUGGUUCUGACAAGGGACAUAGCCAUAAAACUUGUGAGCUUAUAUAUCACCAAGGAUAAAACAUUUCCCCAGGCACUGAAAAGAAACCAACAUAUGCCGCUGGAAUCAAGACCUUUGUUCAAGUUUGUUAACUGGAGUACUCUCUUACCCAAGAAGUACAGAAAGGACUAUGUUUAUACUGAACCAAUUCUUGGAAGAACUAGUUAUUCAUUGCCAGCUCUUAUGGACAUCAGAAUGUCACCCUUGUUGGCCAAUGAUUCCCAGUUACAGAAUUUGCCAUCAACCUUUAUCCUUACCUGUGAACAUGAUAUCCUGAGAGAUGAUGGACUUUUGUAUGUUUCAAGACUUCAAAAUGCUGGAGUUCAAGUUACUCAUGAACAUAUUGAGGAUGGAUUCCAUGGAGCUCUAUCAUUUAUGUCAUCACCCCUGAAUUUACAUCUAGGUCUCAGAAUAAGAGACAUGUACAUUAGUUGGCUGGAUAAGAAUUUAUAAAUCCAUCACUAACUCGAUUGUAUUUUGUGAUACUUUGUAGUUGUAGUACAAAGAACAAUGCCAUUUGUAUUGUCUAAAUCUAGGCUUGAAUCAGUUAUAAUGAUUGCUGCAUAUCCUCAAACUAGGAAUAUUUUUGACUCACAAAACCUGCACGUGAUCCUUUUUUCUCAUUACUUAUGGUUAUUAGAAUUAUGUUGGUCCUGAUAGAGACCAGUGCUUAUUAAAGUUUAGAAAUAAGAAUAAUACUGACAAGUAAGAGAAGACAAUAUCCAUACAGGUACAGAAACUGUAUUUUAAGUGG